AUGAGUGAGGUACAAACGAACUCGCAGCAAGGGGAUGCAGGUGUCAAUUCGCAGUCGCAAGAUGGAGCCUACCAUCACGCAGCGCAGCCAGAGAUGGGGAAUGGAGGCGGCAGCGAGGCAGUCUACAUGCAGCAGUCAUCUCAGAAUGCAAUGGGUCCAUCCACGAACGGCUCAGGCACGCCCUACAACCCUUACCAGCUGAUGCCACAAGAAUUGGCGCAGGGAAACGUGCACAUGUAUGCAAUUGCAGGUCCUUCGUCGGCCUACUAUGAUCCAAAUGGUCUGCCUACCUACUACACCGCUCCACCUCACCAAGUCUAUUAUCAACAGACGUAUCCUCAACAAUACGCUCAAGUAUACGGGCACUCUCCAUAUGUCGCCGCGCCACUGCCGAAUGAAGGCUACCGACAUCCACACCCGCCCCAGUACGCCCAGUCGAGGCCUGAUGGCUAUGCAAACCGAUAUCAGCACCAAAGAGGAGGCGCCAGACAGAGCAGCGGAUAUCGCAACAUGGGCUCGAAGCGCUCGUCUGAGCCUGCUGCAUCGCGGCAAGCUUCGACGAGCGGUGUAGCUCACAAUCAAGGUGGCGCUGCAAACAAUGCGAGUGCUAGUCCUGGUAUAAGAUCCGAAGCUGGACUACCGCCGGAAUCGGCCUCUCCCAGCACUGGCUCUGGCGUUGGUGGUAUGGAGACGCCAGAUCGAGCGGCCGAUCGAACCACUUCAACCGAUGUCGCCCUCUCAGCAAGGACCGGAACGACGACUUCGCCUGCUCGAUCUCUGAGCUCCUUGCCUGUCAAUUUGAAACUCCCUGCAAAGCCACCGCCUCCUACUCACAUUCCAACUCAUCAAUCUCAACCCCAAAGUGGUCUCUCCAGCCCUGCUCUUGGCGCCACCUUUCACGGGCCGCAAGGCGCGGCCAUCAGUAGCGCAGCAAUACACGCGCAGCAACACGAGUGGAAUGGGGGUCGACCUCGCGGAGGCGGAGCGUACCAGGCAUCGCCUAGCUCCCAAACUAGACCCUUGCCAUUCGGCGGCGGCGGCGGACUGGCUCAUCCAAAGGUCUCUGCGGAGACGUCAAGCGGCGCACCUCAGCAUCACCCUACUGCCUUGCGAGCUUUUCCGCAAGGAGGCAUCGGCGCUGGCGCCUCUGAACUCGUCCGACAAACGCCUUUGUCUCGCUUUCCACCUCUGCCGAACUUCCCUCAGCUUCCGGAUCCUGGGGCUGAAGAUCAGGCGGGAGAGCUGCGAAAGGCCUUGGAGAGGGCAAAGAAGAGGGACGAUGCUUGGAUUUUGAGACUCGAAGCCAUUGGCUUUGAACCUGAGGAAGCUUGGAGAGCUUUUCGAAGGGAGCAUGGGCGGAAUGACGGUGAACAGGGACCGUCUACGUCCGGUAAUCUUGCAACCUCUCCAGCCGUGGAAUCGGACCGGAUUGCUGAACAUGACACUCCCGUCCAAACUGGGGACAACGAAACGGUCAGGAGAGAACCAAUCUUAGGAAUUAGAUUACUGCAACGAGUGCACGACUUGCAAGAGGAGAAUCAAGAGCUUGAGCAGAUGCUUCGAGCUCAGUUCCGGAGCGUAAAAACGUCUGGAUUUGAUGAGCCAAAUGCUACGGCUGGGCACUCGGAGAAUUUGACUUCUGAGCUUGAAGGUAUGUUUUCUGCGCCCGCAGAAAUUCUUUGCCCUACAUCUGACCACCACGGGCUUCUUUUCUGACUCUUGUUUCUUCAUCUCCCCCAGAUGCUCAUCGAUUGAUAGAAGCUCUAGAUAAAGCUCUGACUGCAGAGUCGGCGAGAGCCGAAGCAGCCGAGUCUGCCCUAUCCAUCGCCUGCGUGCAAAAUUCGACUUCCCUGUUGUCUCUGGACGAUGCGCAUGCAUCUUCAGCGCCGGUGCCAAGCCCUACCGUCUUCCUUCCCAGCAGCGGCGCCAAGUCGAUAGGGGGUGGUCUGCAAUUCGGGCAGGCUGCUGCGAGCCCUCAAACGGCCGCGCGUGGCACUGCCAAUUCGACGCCGUAUCAGACGCCCGAGCUCGAUGCGGCCUCUUUUGAGUGUGAGUUGGCACAGGGUGUGGACAGCUAUCCACUCGAGAAAGAGACGGACAGCAUGGAGCAACGAGAGCCGAUCAAGGCCCAGCUGGGAGGCGGUACAGAGGGAUGGACCCAGGCCGGCUCUGGACGUGGCAAGGGUAGAUCACGCAGAGGUACUGGAAAAGCAAGAGGCAAGUAG